AUGAAAGCCCACGUCGUCGAGCAAAAAGGAGAAACCUUGCUUCCAAACUGGCUUGGUCUCUACAGAUGCGGCAUCAGCAAUCGCUCAGACAGAUAUUUACUCGUCACUAAAUCUAUAACGCGGCGGAUCGAGGUGCUCUCCGAAGCCUUCCGACUCAAGGGGACGAAAAUGGAGAAAAUCGAAAAGAAGCAAAAGAAGGAGAAGAAAAAGGAGGAAAAAGAAGAAGACAAGGAAAAGAAAGAACUCAGGGAGCCUGAGUGGCUGCAAAGUGGAAAUCGCCUUCACCUUAUUCCAUCUGACGCGGAAAGGUUCAGAACUUAUUUGAAAAAUGACCUUGAGCUCUUGCAGCGAUUGAAAUUGAUGAAUUACUCGCUCGAUGUCCGCCUCUGUCCUCAAUCAGACGACGAGAAAGAGGAGAACCACGACUCGGGGCACGAUGGCGGCGCCAAUUCUGGCGACAAUCGCGAUUCUGAAAGCGAUGAAGAGGACGAGUUUGAAUCGUCGGAGGCUCCUACCUUCCGUUUCAAGCUAGAGAAUGGCGGCAUUGUGUAUCUGAGCUUGAAUGAAAUUCUGAACCACUACGAUACCAAGAAAAAGGCCCAAAACGCUGUGAAAUCCGCGACUCAUGGUUGCUGCAAGCAAGUUCCAUGUUGCACCAACAAAGAACUAAAAAGACAAAGCAUCGCAUACGCACAAGAGUUUUAUGACUUGCUUGUCUCCUAUUUUUUCGGCGCAAGCAGGCUCGAUUGCAUCAUGAGUUUGACCGAUUUCAAAAAGACGUCUUUGAUGCAUCCGUCUAAAAACUGUUCUGUCAGUGCAGAGAGCGACUUCUUUUAA